UUUAAGCUUGGUUCUUUAAGGGGCAGAAUUAAAGAUGGAGACUUCACUCAGUUUGUUAUUUUUGAGAGGCUGUUUUCACAGUGUGCAGCCCAGUACCUAGGCAGUGGCACUAGAUUCCUUAGUGACUGCUGUCUCAAGGAGCAGGUUGGGUAAAAUGUUAAGAGGCAUUGUGAAAUACUUCCCUGAUCUCCCACUCAAACCAGCUGGGAUGCCAGCAGGCACCACUUGGUUCUGUGCUUUCUAUUUCACAGAGGAGUAACCUACCGAGAGUUGAGACAUCUGCUCCUGCAGCGCUUGCCAGGGCUCAGCAAACCUUGCUCCCUGCCACCAGCUUGAGCAUCUCUCUCCCCUUUGAUGGGGCCUGCAUCUGGCACUGGAUGGGUGACGUGCACAUGGAGCAGUGUGCUGUGAAGAGGAGGCACUGUCUGCCCAGGUCAUGUAGAAGAGCAGAUUUAAUGUGAAGAUGGGACUGUUGGUGUUUAUGCGUAACCUGCUGCUAGCACUCUGCCUCUUUCUGGUACUGGGAUUUCUGUACUAUUCUGCUUGGAAGUUGCACCUUCUCAGAUGGGAGGACUCAAAUUCAGUGGUUCUUUCCUUUGACUCCGUUGGACAUACGAUAGGCUCAGGAAGGAGAGAGAGAAAAACUGUGGCUAUUGUGCUUCCACUGCCCAUCACAUCUCACCUUGCUGCAGACCCAGGAAAAGAGAGAGCCCAGAAAGAAUCCAAAGAAACAAUGGCAGCUCCAGGCCCAGCCAUUCCUAAAUAUGACAAACUGGGCUUUCUCCUGAACCUGGACUCCAAAUUGCCUCCAGAACUGGCAUCAAAGUAUGCAAAUUUCUCUGAGGGAGUGUGCAAGCCUGGUUAUGCAUCAGCGCUCAUGACUGUCAUCUUCCCUAAGUUCUCGAAGCCGGCACCAAUGUUCUUGGAUGAUUCCUUCAGGAAGUGGGCACGUAUCAGGGACUUUGUACCCCCCUUUGGAAUUAAAGGACAAGAUAAUCUGAUCAAAGCCAUCCUGUCAGCAACCAAAGAUUACCGUCUAACUCCAGCUCUUGACAGUCUCAGCUGCCGGCGAUGUAUCAUUGUGGGAAAUGGUGGAGUACUUGCAAAUAAGUCAUUGGGGUUAAAAAUUGAUGACUAUGAUGUUGUUGUCAGGCUGAACUCAGCUCCAGUGAAGGGCUUUGAAAAAGAUGUGGGUGGCAAGACAACUCUACGGAUCACAUAUCCUGAAGGUGCAAUCCAGAAAAUGGAGCAGUAUGAGAAGGAUUCCCUGUUUGUUCUGGCGGGAUUCAAAUGGCAGGAUUUCAAGUGGCUGAAAUACAUUGUUUACAAGGAGAAAGUGAGUGCCUCUGAUGGCUUUUGGAAGUCAGUGGCAACCCGCGUCCCAAGAGAACCUCAUGAGAUACGUAUCCUGAAUCCCUACUUCAUCCAGGAGGCAGCUUUCAGCUUCAUUGGGCUGCCUUUCAACAAUGGCCUGAUGGGCAGAGGGAACAUCCCCACCUUGGGAAGCGUAGCAAUAACCAUGGCGCUCCACAACUGCGAUGAGGUGGCAGUGGCAGGGUUCGGCUAUGACAUGAGUUCACCCAAUGCACCGCUGCACUACUAUGAGAACAUCAAGAUGUCUGCCAUCAAAGAGUCCUGGACGCACAACAUCCAGCGGGAGAAGGAGUUCCUGCGGAAGCUGGUGAAAGCUCGAGUCAUCACUGACCUGACCAGUGGGAUUUGAGUGGCUGCAGCCACUGCCUCUAAGGGAGGAGAUGAAGACACACACUGCAGCUCUGGGAGCAGGCACUGGCAGCCCCCUGCAAGAAUUCCACCUCACUGAAGACACAGAGAUAUGCCCAGGUGCUCUGGGAAGACGCUCUCGCAUUGCCAGGCUGUGCAAGGGUUGCAGGAUCUGCCGCCUCCAGUCCUGGAACCGGCAGGAGGUGGACAAGGGGCUGAAGGGUCAGUUCUUGAACUCUCCAUCACAGAUGGAUCUUUUGUGUCCUGAAUUAAGCAGGAAAGACUCAGGAGAGAGAAGAGGAGUUUGUGAAUAAAACAAUAUGUGCCAAAUGGGAGGGUGACGCUGCUCCGAGGCAGCAGUGCCUGAAUGUACAAAGUAGUAUUUUUUAAAAGAACCUCUGCUGGAAUCACACUCAAGAUACCAAGGUGCAAGGCCAAGUCUGCUUGUGCACAGCCCUGCAAAAAGCCCAGCCUCUCCACACUCCAUGUGCAUUGUCACUGGCCUGAGACCUUCCCCCAGGAAAACAAAUCCAUCCAAACCUUUGGUGUUGUUAGUGCUGCUAUAAUUC